AUGGCCGCUCUGCCGCUCAUACCCUCACAUUGCUCCCAGCAAUGCUGUUCCUCUUGCGAUUUUCCUCCCGUCGGCGUCCCUAACCCCCCGUCGCCUCUGCUUUCCACCCGGGGCUUUCUCCUUGCCCUUAAUGUCUUCCUUACCCUGACGUUCGCGUCUCCCUCGCCCCUCCCUUCGCGUCUCCCUCGCCCCUUCUUUCCCCCCUCAUCCCUCCCUUUGAUUGCGCGCCUCCUUUCUGGUAUCUCUCAACCCUCCUUGCACCUCCCUUCGCGUCCCUCUCACCCCUCGCGUGCUUCCAUCGCCCCUACCGUGCGCCCGACACCACUCCGCCAGCGCUCCCCACCAGGAAGGAACGUGCUGACGAACGGACCACCAGGAGCGUGCCGAAGAAGUAACAGCAGCGACCGCCGCCUGCAGCUCACCCCCUCAUACCCCCCUUUGAUCGCGCUCCUCCCUUCGGGUCUCUCUCACCCCUCCCUUCGCGUCCCUCUCACCCCUACCAACCAACGCACCACGAGGGACGUGUUAAAGAAGUACAUAGCAGCAUCGGGCGGCUAUAACUCGCAUAUGGCGCAGCAGGGCUCCGUGAUUUCCGGCCACGUCACCAUCUGGGCGUCCGAGGUGGUCAUGGGAGACAAGACGGUCUACGCCGCCCCGACCGCGGGCCGCGGCGGCGCUGACGUGGCGAAGGGAAGCUUCCGCGUGGUGCAGAUGCCGCCCAACAUGUGGCACGUGGGCGUGGCGAUGGGCGAGACGCGGAUUGACGCCACGUGUGACGGCGAGCUGGUGUGGCGGCGGAGCAGUUGGGGGCCGUCGACGACCGCUAAAGGGCCUGUCCGACCACUCAGGCACUUGCUAGCGGGCUUAGACCCGCCCACAGUGGCGGACGUGUUUGCGUCGGGCGAGUAUCAGGGAGACGAGGCCAUAGAGGGCGACGAGUGCAUGUGCGUGAAGGUGAUGGCCAACCCGCUCGCCCUCAUGAGCAUGAGCACGGGCGGGGGCAACGUGGGCGGCAAGCAGCAGGACGUGUGCGACGUGCUGGCGUACCAGGUGGAGGGAUUCUUCAGUAAAGCCUCGGGGCUGCUGAUCGGCCUGCGCGACCAUCAUCUCACCAAAACCAAGACAGCGAGCAACAGCACGAUCUACUGGGAGAGGGUGAUGGUGACGCGGGUGGGGGACUUUCACCCCAUGGAGGGCGGCAUGAUCGUCCCCCACAGCGGCCGCUCCGUGCUCUCUCUCGCCAAGCGCUGCGAUGACGACACGUCGGGAACGAUACGCGCGUGGGUGAGAGAAGAGUGGGGCGUGGACUCGGUCACACAGGACGCCACGGCCAUGCAGGGGUUGCUAGCACGGCCGGCGGAUUUGAUAAUGACUGCUAGUUCCGCGUCUUUGCAUAGAGGGUGA